CGCCGUCAGUACCGCGCGAACUUCAUCUCGGUUAUGUUCUCACUUUGGGUUUUUGCUUCUCUGCGAUAUUUCGUGUCUCUUACAUUGCGCUGUUCUCAAAGUCGUUCAUGUUUUGAAUCGUAUUCCCGUGUAUCCAGUGGCAGAAAAGUAUUUAAUUCUUAUGAAAGAUAAGCUACUUGUCGGAUACGGGCUUACGUUCUCUAUAUAUAAAAGUGAAUUUUAUUUGGAUAUUUCAGUUAAGAAUAAUGGAAAGAUGAUAGAGAGAAGCACGUUGGAUAAAACGCGUUUUUAGAGCUCGUUUAUGUUAUUCGAUUAUGUGAGAGAAAGAAGACAGUGAUUAUUCGGGGUUGUUGGUUGGUACAUAUGGACACACACAGACGCGUGGACUGUUCGAAUGAGUGAGAGACCAUCGACGCUGGCACGGAACGAGGAGUUGCGUGCCAAUUGAAAGCCGAGAUAACGAAAGAAAUCGAUCGAACGAAGGAACACGCUUUCGUGCUGCCAUGACAAUGGUCGUCAACAAGAUCAACAUGUCGUCGUACUCCGCGCCGCGACGCACUUUCUUCUCGGGCCUGCAUACCAAGAUUAAAUUAAGCAAACUACGCUACAUAUAUGAAUAAGAAUCUGCUAUUAUUAUCGUACAAACCGUUUCCAACAAAUCAGACGACAUGACGAUUUCGCGAAACUCCGAGAUUCAAAGAGCAACCAAGCCAAGUAAGAAGAAGCAGAAAAAGAAGAAGAAGAAGAAGAAGAAGAAGAAAAGGAAGGAGACGAAUGUCGGAGUUCCCAGUGGAGGGAGGGGAAAACGGUGACAUGCACACUGUUAUGGAGAAUUUUCAAAAAAAGAACAACAUGGUGAGCGGAAGGAGCCACGUUACCCAUCAUCCACAGGUCACUUCGUCGUCACAGAUGCUGACGACGAACCAGAGCCAGAGCAGCAGCAGCAGUUCGAGCAGGGUGGCCAAAUCCUCGCAGAGGAUUCUUACCUCGUCUUCAUCGAGUGAGAUGAAAGCAAGCUCCAUGAAGAGCGACCUAAGAGAACUUCAACGCGGCAUAUCCGAAAUGAAGAACAAUAUUUCCACGAACUUUUCACAACGAUUGCGAAACAGCAUGGAGAACCUCGUGGAUAGAGAUGGAAACGGGACGGAGGAAGGUGACUUGACGGAGCCACUGGUGACGUUUCCGGAUCCAGACACUCCACCACCCGCCACGGGAACAGUUACGUUAACAGGAGGUUCACCCUCGCAAUUGAGCUCUCUGAACUCACUGAAUAAUCUUCACAAUAUGAGUCCACCGAUCAGCAUGUCGAAUAUCUCGAAUAUGACGAACCUACCUGCUGGACAGGAGACGAUGAAAUUCGAACAGAAAAAGAUGACAAGUGCUUCCAAGACGAAGGUUGUUACGGACGGCUUUAGCGCUGAAAAGGCGACGGCAAAUAGCGCCGAGAUGAGAGCUUUACAAGCUGGCGACGUCUCGUACAAGGAGCAAAGCGCCGCGACGGCGGCCAGGGCGCGCGUCGAACUCGAUGGCGUCUCCGCUGAGAAGAGCGUCGCCGCUGCAAGGGAACAGAGAAGCUUAAAAGCUGGCGACCUGUCGCACCAGGAAAGCAAUAACAUGGCUGCAUCCACGAUGAAGCUACAGAGCGAUUCAUUCAGUUCGGAGAAAAAAGCUAUGGCAGCACAACAACAAAGACAAACGGUCACUUCAACCGGGAUCUUCAACCACGAGAAACACAUUUCUGCAGCAAGUUCGCAGUCAAGUAUCACAAUCGCGAAAGGAGUCACCUCAAAAUCUUCAAUGAUCAGCGCAGCGAGUGCAGUGAAUCAAUUGAUGAACGGCAUGAGGCCGGCUGAAGACGAACUUCUUUCUCUACCUCUGGACGAUCUAGACCUUCUAUGCUCAAAAUCGAAUCCCCAGGACGUCGAUCGAGCCAUCGCCAAAUACUCUAAUUUCCUAGACAAUUUCGUGGAACGUCUAAAAGCCAACGAUUGUAAAAGUGGCAAGGCACCGUUGUUAUUAGACAGAGUGAACGAAAUCAUUAGAAAAGCGUGGGCAGUACCUACUCAUGGUCACGAAUUAGGUUACACCCUAUGUAACACCCUUAGAACGAGAGGUGGUCUUGAUUUAUUAAUGUCCAACUGUAUAGCCAGCGAUAAUGAACUACAGUUUUCUUCGGCCAGAUUAUUAGAACAGUGUCUGACCACAGAGAACAGGGCACACGUAGUGGAACACGGUUUAGAGAAGGUUGUGAACGUUGCCUGUGUAUGCACAAAAAAUGCUAAUUCGGUGGAUCAUUCGAGAGUAGGCACUGGAAUCUUGGAACACCUGUUUAAACAUAGCGAAGGGACCUGCAGCGAUGUGAUCAGGCUAGGUGGUCUAGAUGCUGUUCUAUUCGAAUGUAGAAAGAACGACAUUGAAACGUUGAGACACUGUGCUGGUGCUCUCGCCAAUCUGUCUCUAUAUGGUGGUGCAGAAAAUCAGGAAGCCAUGAUCAAGAGAAAAGUGCCUAUGUGGCUGUUUCCACUAGCUUUCCACAAUGACGACAACAUUAAGUACUAUGCUUGUCUGGCAAUUGCUGUAUUAGUAGCCAAUAAGGAAAUAGAAGCUGCAGUGUUAAAGUCUGGUACACUGGAUCUAGUUGAACCAUUUGUAACCUCACAUAAUCCCUAUGAAUUCGCCAAGUCGAAUCUGGCACAUGCACAUGGUCAGAGUAAAAAUUGGCUUGAGAGGCUGGUACCGGUACUAAGCUCAAAAAGAGAGGAAGCUAGGAAUCUGGCAGCUUUCCAUUUUUGUAUGGAGGCUGGCAUCAAGAAACAGCAGGGCAACACGGAGAUCUUCCGUGCGAUAGGAGCCAUUGAACCGUUAAAGAAAGUAGCUAGUUGUCCUAAUGCAAUUGCUUCCAAGUACGCGGCGCAGGCAUUACGUUUAAUUGGGGAGGAGAUUCCUCAUAAACUCAGCCAACAGGUACCUCUCUGGUCUACAGAAGAUGUCAGAGAGUGGGUGAAACAGAUUGGAUUCGCGGAAUGUGCACAGAACUUUGUGGAAAGUAGAGUGGAUGGUGAUUUAUUGUUACAGCUGACAGAAGAGAAUCUCAAAGAAGAUAUUGGUUUAACAAAUGGUAUCAGGAGGAGAAGGUUUACCAGAGAAUUGCAGAAUUUAAAGAAGAUGGCUGAUUAUAGCAGUAGAGACACGGGAAAUUUAAAUAGUUUCUUGCAAUCAAUUGGUCAGGAGUUCUCAAUCUACACAUACAGUAUGCUUAAUGCUGGCGUUGACAAAGACUCCAUCAGGAAUUUGUCUGAAGAUCAGUUACUGACAGAGUGUGGCAUCGCGAAUAGCAUCCAUAGGUUGAGGAUAUUAGAUGCUAUUAAGAAUAUGCAGCACAAUCAGUUGGGUUCUUCGGAGGAUGAAUCACCAGAUAAAUCCUUGGACGUGUUUGUUAGUUAUAGAAGAUCAAAUGGAUCUCAGUUAGCCAGUUUAUUGAAAGUCCACUUGCAACUGAGAGGCUUCUCUGUGUUCAUUGAUGUUGAAAGGUUAGAAGCCGGCAAAUUCGACAAUAACCUGCUGCAAAGCAUCAGGCAGGCAAAACACUUCCUCCUUGUGCUGACGCCCAAGGCUUUGGAAAGGUGUAUACAGGACAGUGAAUGCAAAGACUGGGUUCAUAGGGAGAUUGUAGCAGCUCUACAAUCACAAUGUAAUAUAAUUCCUAUCAUAGACAACUUCCAGUGGCCAGAGCCUGAAGAACUCCCUGAAGAUAUGCGAGCAGUUUGUCAUUUCAAUGGUGUACGAUGGAUCCAUGAUUACCAAGAUGCCUGCGUAGACAAACUAGAAAGGUUUAUGCGAGGCGAAAUACCAGUCAGAUCAGAUAUCCCAAGAAGCAUCGCGCCCAAGGACGUGACGCAACCAAACACACCGGGUAACACAACUAUAAGACAGCCACCGAACUAUCAACGUAUGCACAGUAAUGAAAGCAGGGGCAGUGACAAAGACUCGACAGGAGGGCGAGAUUGACUAGAGGGCCCGCCCACAGCCAUACCGAGCAGCCAGGAUUAACAAUCACGCUAAAGACAAUCAAUCACGUCUAGGCUUAGAAAAUCGUCAAGUCCGUCCCGUUGGUUAAUGGGUUUACCGCCUACGUCUCCGCGAUUGAAGUUCACCCAUACGCAGCCUGGAGGAAGUCCAGUACCACGAAGACCUCCACGACAUCCCCCUUCUCCGUCCACCAGAUCUCGUUCGCUGGAACUGUUAGAUCAAGAUGAGAAAAAAUCGGUUUCUCCUGUUAGAGAACCAGAAGCACAGGCGAGACCAAGGUCCAGAAGCUUGGAUGGUUUGUUAGAUGAAGAUAUAGUGCCAGAAAAGAAGACUGCAGAAUCAUCGAAGCCAGGCAACGAGAACGAAAUUGACUCCAGAAUAUCCCUGGAGGUUUUAGACAGACUUUCUGAUACUAAAGUAGAAAACAAUCUUUUUCAAAUUGUACCAGAAGGGGCACAAAACAAUAUAGAUAGAGGGCCAACUGUUAAUCUUCAUUCUCACAAGUCUAAUGAUCGGAAAACAAAGUUGAAUGGAAAUCAAAGUCCAAUACCAAUUCCUAGACAGCGAUUAAAAACAGCUGCAGAAAUAAAAUCGGAAUCGGUUAAUAUUGUAGAGCAAAAAGAGUUGCAAAAAUCGUCAAAUUUCGAGGAGAACAACGACAAAGGGGAACAAAAUUUACCAACACGACCACCGAAACCGAAUCGAUUCGUGAGUGUAGAUACAGCGUUGUCGUCUGUGACUUCGAGCAUGGAAGACGAAAAGGACUCCCAGGCUAGUUCAGAGAACGUUGAUCCUUGUGAUAGUAACACAGAAUUGAAGGAACGAUUGGUCGUAACGGGAAGCGAUAAAUCGACACUGCUCAAAGCGAAAAGCUGUGGUGCGGGGCUAGACUCUGACGGAAGCAUUUCGUCAAACGAAUACAAGUCUAAAUCACGGGAACAGGGCUCGUUGCUCUCGCUUCCAACAGGAGCCGAGCCGAAACGAAAAAAGAACUUUAUGGAUAAAUGCGUGAACAAAGUGCGAUCUUUUAUGAGGAAAUGACUUUUGUCAGAUUACGACGAUACAAAGACUUGUUAUUUAAUUUUACGAUGAUUAAUUGUAGUAUAUAAACGUAUUGUUGAUCGAGCUUGGUGAUUCCAGCUACGCGAUGUUUUGCAACCAAAUAUCGUAUAUAUUCGCUCGUCUUUCAAACUGUUUUCCUAUUCUAUAUUAGAAGUUGUUUUCGAGAUGUACAGACUCGCCUCGAUAAACAGUAUUUCCUUUCCCUAUCACACAAUGAUGUAUCGUGUAAUGAAUGUACAUAUUUAAGAUGAUCGAGAAAAAGAAGGAAAAGAAGAAAAAAAUUAUGUAAAAUCUUUCGAAAGUCAGAUUAUUACUAGCCAUGAGUGUACACGAUACUUAAAAAAUGUAUAGCGAAUAAAGAAAUGGUCAUAAAGCAUCGCCAUGGUAAAGUUGCGAGUUGUCGUAGCUUCGCUUCUGAACAAUGACAGGCAACAUAAACAUGUAAUUAAUGUUGUGCCUAUUACAAAGUGUCUUUUUAGAAAUUCAGAAUUACGAGAUGCGAGAUUUUUCUCAGAUAUACAGAAACACAAAAGAGUAGCCUGUUUAUUUCCAGGUGACUUUUAUAUUUCCUUAUCAAAUUGUAUUAUAGAUAUACAUAUGUUAUAGACGCGUAGAUAGGUAGCAUUGUUAUUUGUAAUACUAUUUUUUAGUCGGUUUUUUUAGGAUAUCGUAAUAUAAUGUUCCAUUUGUGACAGAUGUUGCGAGUGAUGGCAGCUAACCCGUACGAAAUAAUAAAAGAAAUUUUAUCGUAACAACCGGUUACGCUAUAUUUUAUUGUUUAAUAAUCGUUUUUACUGUAUCACAUUUAACUGAUGUUACGUUACAUAUGAAGAAAAUUCGAACAAAAUCCGUACGAAGUGAACCUUACGAAGCUUCGAUAUGUACUAUUCUAAGAUCCUGCCGAAGAAUCAAGAAAUGUAUAUUUUACCAAAGUUUCGUAAAGUAAACGUAAGAAUUUUAUCAAAAGUUUGUUUCCCAUAAAAUAAAUUUUAUUGAACAAAUCA